CGUUCAAACAGGAAGUGAGGAGAUACUGAUGGCGCCCGACUAGAAUGGAGAAGCAAUUAUCGCGUACAACUUCUUAUACAGUUUGGCGUGUCUACUAAGUCAUAAACAAAUUUAACUCGCAAUACACAAUGGAAGGGGAGAUAGAGGUGGAGAGCAGCAGUGAUGUUGGUCCAUCAGGGUCUGGGAUGGAGGAGCCGUCAGAGAGCGGUAUGGGCAUGGAGUCGUCGGAGGCCAUGUCUGCAGACAGCAGCGACGCAGCUGCACCACACGCCUCCCGCCACCACAGCCAGCACCACCAGCGCCACCAUGGGCACGGUCACCAUGGCCAGGCCCCAGAGUCAGACUGCCAUGUGGGACAAAGCUCAGAGGGUAUCCUGGCGUUCCUACCAGAGACCAGCUCCAGUACAGACGUCACCCACCACAGAGCCACCGUCCACCUCCCAGACUCCUCCUCUGUGGCCCAGUCCACCAGCGUCUCCACCGUAACCCAGUCCAUCCUGGUGUCCGGGUCGGCCCAGGUGAUGGUCCACUCCAGUGCAGCGGUGUCAGACUGCGGGGGCAUGAUGGUGUCUGACUCUACAGCCUCUACCUCCUCAGACCUGGGAUCAGCCAUAGACAAGAUCAUAGAGUCCACCAUCGGACCUGACAUCAUGAACGGAUGUAUAGCAGUGACCAGUGCAGAGGACGGAGCUGCAGAGACCAGUGAGGGGCAGUAUUUGAUACUACAAGGACCAGACGAUGGGGCCCCUAUGGUAGCCCACAUGUCGUCCUCGGCUCUGUCCAGCCAUCACCGCAUCGCCAUCGAGGCUCUGGGAGAGGGUCCUACCUCCACCUGCCACGACCAGGGGGACAUGCAGGAUAACCUGGAUCCAGACCAGCCCUCUGGGAGUCACUCUCACUCCGGCCAUUACCCAGACCAUGAGGACCAGGACAGCCAGCCUCAGCACUCCCACGCGUCCCAGUACAUGGAGUGUAGCGGUGGAGAUGCGGACGGACCUGAUCAGACUGGAGAGUCCUCCUCCUCGUAUGUAGACGAUGAGGAACCCGACCAGACACGUUCCUCCCGCUCCCUCGUCCGGUCCCGUUUCCCUGAGUACGGUAUAGUCGAAAACUCUGGCCAGGACCUAAGGGGUUACGUGGAGUGUAGUGGUAGCGGUGCCACCGACUCCAACCCCUCGUCCCCUGUCCGCCUACGACACACCCAUUAUAUGGUGGACUGCAGCGCGGGGACGGGGGCGUACCUGGAGUGUGCCGGGGACGAGGAAGAGGAUUCGAUGCAGCACCACUCUCGGAGCUACAUCGACAGUAGCAGCAGUGCUAACCACUCCCAGAAUCACCAAACUCUGUCUAACCACUCCCAGAGUCACCAAACCCUGCGGCAGUAUGUGGAGUCCGGGGCUGCGGUUGCAGAUUCAGAGCAGCCCGGUUGUUCCAACUCCCACUCUCAGAGUCACCAAACCCUGCGGCAGUAUAUGGAGUCUGGGGCUGCAGAUUCGGAACAGCCACGAUGUUACCAAUACCAGGCUGAGGAAGGGCAAGGAGAGGACCCAGACCAGAACUCAGACCAGAACCAGGACCCAGACCAGCCACAGCACUCUAACCAGCAGCAGCCACAGCACUCCCACUACAUGGAGACCACCAGCAGCAGCACUGGCCCAGAAGGCGAGGGUUCCACCACAGACCACCACCACCCCCAGGCAGACACCGCAGACUCAGGCUCAGCAGAUCAUCCAGAGGCUAUGGAGUGUUCUGAGAGCCAGCCUGGCCCUUACAUCAGUAGCAGUGGGACCUACUCCUACCACCCGGAGCCUGAGAUGGAAGAGGCCCUCGAACCUCCAUGGUCACCCAGUUUGGAGAGGCCUUCCAGGGGAGAGGAGGGCGGCGUGGUGGGGGGGUCUGGGGCUCCAGUCGUGGAGGAGGGGGCUGGGAGCGGACCAGGGGUCGCUGUUCCUCACACCAUGGCUGAACUGGAGGAGAUGAUGGAGGUGGUGAUCGUUCAGCAGUUUAAGUGCAAGAUGUGUCCCUACAAGAGCGUCUCCAAAGACACCCUCAUCAACCACAUGAGAGACAGGCACUUCAAAUCCACAGGUGGCCCCCCUCCUAAGAAGCGUGGUCGUGGUCGGCCCAGGCGUAGUGAUACGUUGGCCCGUCAGCAGGCUGAGGUGAAACCAGAGCCCCAGCCCGAGGAGCCAGAGGACGAUGACAUCGUAGACGCUGGGGCCAUCGAUGACCCUGAAGAGGACAGUGACUAUAACCCAGCAGAUGAGGACUGUAGGGGCAGGCAGCCUGCUCUCCUGCGACAACCUGUCCCCCCUCCCUGCUCCUCCUCCUCCUCCACAGACCGCCCCAGACGCAGGGUGGGACGACCCAGGAAGUUCACCUACACAGAGGGCAGCUACAACGGGAAGGAAGCAGUAGCAGACGGGACGUCAAACCCUAAAGGGAGUGUGGAUCCUCAAGGCUCGGAGGAGGCCAGUUCCUCAGGCCUGGGAAACGGCCCAGGUCCCUUGGCCAAUGGAAACACAGCGGAAGCCGGCAUCAGCCAAUCGGACUCUGAGAACAAAGACCCGUCGUCCAAUGGGAGGCCAGAGGAGCUUUUCCCAAGGAAACGGGGUCGACCCUCCAAGCGGUUCAUCAGAAAGAAAUACAAGAAGUACAUGAACCGCAAGUACUGUAAGUCUCUGAAGCCGCUCCUGAGGCCUCACAGCUGUUGGAUCUGCGGCUCUCGCUUCCUGUCCCAGGAGGACCUGAGGUUCCACGUUGACUCUCACCAAGGAAACGACCCAGAGUGCUUCAAAUGCCUGCAGUGUAACUACCGCUGCAAACGAUGGUCCUCGCUCAAGGAGCACAUGUUCAACCACCAGGGGAACAAGCCCUUUAAGUGUGAGGAGUGUGACUACAGCAGUGUGUAUAAGAAGGACGUCAUCAGACACUCUGCAAUACACAACAAGGACAAGAAAACAAAGUCUGAGUCACAGGUAUCUAAGGUGUUGUCGUUCCCGUGUCCAGUGUGCCACAGAGUCUACCCCAUGCAGAAGAGACUCACUCAGCACAUGAAGACACACAGUACCGAGAAACCACACAUGUGUGACAAGUGUGGGAAGUCCUUCAAGAAGAGAUAUACGUUCAAGAUGCAUCUCCUCACACACAUCCAGAGUGUUGACAACAGCAGGUUCAAGUGUGAGUUCUGUGACUAUGACUGUGACAACAAGAAGCUCUUGCUCAACCACCAGCUGUCCCACACCAACGACCGGCCCUUUAAAUGUGACUACUGUAAAUACUCCACCUCUAAAGAGGACUUCCUGGUCUCACACCUGGCCAUCAAACACACAGGAGAGAAACCGUUCUCCUGUGAGAUGUGCCACUUCAUGACGAAACACCGUAAGAACCUGCGUCUGCACGUCCAGUGUCGCCACCCGGAGGCGUUUGAGGAGUGGAGCGCUACGCACCCUGAGGAGCCCGUCAGGCGGAGGAGGAGACCCUUCUUCACCCAGCAACAGAUAGAGGAACUCAAACAGCAACACGACGACACACCAGGCCUACAGAACACUAUACUGGCGGUGGAUCCUGACACACUACAAGCCAUGCAGACAAUGCAGAACGCCUCAGUCUCCCAAGAUGCAAUGGGAAACACCACCAUCAUCUACGAACAGGCCGGAAACUCAGACCUGUCAGCCCAGAAUGCUCUGGAUCUGCUGUUGAAUAUGAGCAACGCCAGAGAGCUGGUGGGAAACUCACUGCAGGUACAGGUGUUGAAGUCGUCUGACUCCAAUGUUCUAGAAGCAGGCUCCUGGACGGGUGUUACCUCGGCGACGGGGGGAGGGCAAAAAGUAGUAACCUUUCACGUGUCUGAGACCGGCGAGACCCUGGUGCAGGAGGUCCAGGAGGUGCAGGAGGGUUAUGAGGCAGAGACCAAUGAGAAUGGAGAGAUCACCCAGGUGGCCAUCCAGGCCUAUGAGGGGGCAGAAGGCUUCAGUGUGUUGGAACAGGUGGAACAAGCUACAGAGGAGAUCCACAGCACCGGACCUGGAUACAGCAGUGGCGAGGGGAGUCCCCAGCCCAUGGAAGAAGAGGAGGAGGGAACAGAAAUAGUCAGAGAGAAUGGAGAAAAGUACUACCUGUCCUCCGGGCUAGGGGACGGAGUGCUGCAGCAGGUCGAGCUGAGCAGCGAGGCCCCGGGUUCUCCCUCCAUGGUGGGUUCUCCCCAGCAGAACCAGCUAAACCCUAAGAGGUUCUCCUGUCGUAUCUGCAUGGAGUCGUUCCACGGCCGCAGUGAUAUGGAGAACCACAAGAGGGCCCACAUCGAUCCCUCCACCUUCAAGUGUCCCGACUGUGACUUCACUGCCUCGUCCUGGCCAGUUGUCAAGACACACAUGGUCAUGCAUGCCUACCUGAGACCUCACAAGUGUCCCAGCUGCAGCUUUGCCUCCAAGAACAAGAAGGAUCUGAGGAGACACAUGAUGACGCAUACCAACGAGAAGCCCUUCACCUGCCAGAUCUGUGGACAGAGGUUUAACCGUAAUGGCCACCUCAAGUUCCAUAUGGAGCGACUCCACAGCCAGGAACCUCCGACAAAGAAGAGCCGCUCUGGUGCAAGCUCCCAGCAGACCGUCAUAGUUAACAGUGAUGAGGAGGCUCUCGUCACGCUACAGUCAGCUCUGCAGGCAGGACAGACUAUCAGCCCAGAGCAGCUACAACAGGCCUUGGGUCAGGACCACAUCAUAGUGUCCCAGGAACAAGCCCUGGGUCAGGAGCACAUCAUAGUGUCCCAGGAACAAGCCCUGGGUCAGGAGCACAUCAUAGUGUCCCAGGAACAAGCCCUGGGUCAGGACCACAUCAUAGUGUCCCAGGAACAAGCCCUGGGUCAGGACCACAUCAUAGUGUCCCAGGAACAAGCCCUGGGUCAGGACCACAUCAUAGUGUCCCAGGAACAAGGCCUGGAAGACCAAGAGGAGGCCACGUACAUUCAGCAGAUCACCACAGUGGACGGACAGACGUUACAGUACAUGACAGGAGACAACCAGGUCCAGUAUAUCAUCUCUCAGGAUGGAGUCCAACACUUCCUACCUCAGGAGUACGUGGUGCUAGCAGACGGGAACCACAUUCAGAUGUCAGAUGGCCAGAUCAUCCAGUAUGAGCAUGAUGGGGCCUUCCUGCAGGAGCAACAGAUUGCUCUGAGUCAUGACGGGCAGAUCCAGUAUCUUCCCAUCGGUUCAGAACAACAGAUAGUCAGUCCUGAGGACCUGGAGGUUGUUGAACAUUCUGCCGUCACCGCGGUCGCAGAUGCAGCCUUGCAACAGACCCAGACGGUCUAUACAGAGGCCACACAAGAACAGCUGGAGCAGCUACAACAGCAGGGAAUCCAGUAUGAUGUCAUCACCUUCACCGAUGAGUAGAGACCCUCUGUCGGACGGAUGGAAGUCGGGAGGGAUGGCUCUCUGUGAUUGCGGACUUGUCUCCUAGUAUGAUGUCUACUAUUGGCUGCCUGAUGACCGUAUGUAUUGCAGGACUAGUACGGUGGAACCACGAUGACCAGUGACCUCCAGCGUGGUUCGUCAGGAUCGGCCUGAGCGCGACUGCAGAGAAUCUACAAAUCAUUGUGUAAAAUCAUCCCAAACAGCUACUCGUUAUGCGAUCAAGAUUGAUCAAAUCUGGGCAGGGUCUUGCCUAUAUCCAUCCCCUAGAACACACUGGUCUACUCUCUCUGCCAUGCUUCAGAUACCCAGGACACACUGCUCUACACUAGGAGCUCUGCCGUGCUUCAGAUACCCAGGACACAUGCUCUACUCUAGGAGCUCUGCCGUGCUUCAGAUACCCAGAACACACUGCUCUACUCUAGGAGCUCUGCCGUGCUUCAGAUACCCAGAACACACUGCUCUACUCUAGGAGCUCUGCCGUGCUUCAGAUACCUGGGAUGAUAGAAACAGCACGAGAGAGGAUUUUAGUGGCUGGUAGAUCUAUCACUCAUAGUGGGAGUGUUAAAUAGAUGAACUCUCACUGUUAAGUAGAUCCAUUAACAGAAGCUUUUGUAAAUUCUAAAUAUUAUACCCAUCGCUUCUAGGUUAAUCAAUAGGGGCUGAUGUACAUUAAAGAACAAAGUUACACACGGUUGGAUGAUCUUAGUUGUGUCUGAAAUGCCACCCUAUUCCCUACAUAGUGCACUACUUUUGACCAGGGCCCUUCAAAAGUAGUGCACUAAAUAGGGAAUAGUUUGCCAUUUUGGUACGUAGGCGUACUCUGUAAUUAUUUAAGAUCUGCGGUUUCCUCAACACCUGCUUUGACUUGCAAGACAAUGUCACGAAAGAAGAAAUUAAAAUGGCUGAUAUGUUUUAGAAUAAAGCACAGCUUCCAAUGGGAUGUUUAGUUUUGAAUGGGAAAGGACUGUGUGAAGACUGCCUCUGGAGGAUCGGAGGACUGUCAGACUACAGGGUUGAUUGUGAUUUGUGGUUUAAAAGGAGUGGUUAAUCAUUUGGUAAUUUGUACAUAUCGUUUUGCAUAUGAAGCAUUUUUUUCCCAUGAUUUGCUUAAAUGAAAAUCGCUGAAUAAGCUAAAAGCUGAUGCCAAAUAAAUCACAACAUUUACAUAUGAAUCAUUUAGCAGACGCUCUUAUCCAGAGCGACUUAAAUGAGUAAUUAGGGUUAAGUGCCUUGCUCAAGGGCACAUCGACAGAUUUUUCACCUAGUUGACGCAAGGAUUCAAACCAGCGACCUUUCGGUUUCUGGCCCAAUGCUCUAAUCGCUAGGCUGCCUGCCACACCAUUACUACAUUCUGUCAGAUCUUUCACUUCCCUUUUAUGUGAUUUGUUUUCUUAUGGUUAAAUAUUGGCCAGAUCAUUUUGUUUUUCUAUGACAAAAAACAUUAUAGAGGUAUUAUGAUACUACUUGAAACUGUGAUACCUGAUGCUGGUACCAUGACAACAGUACAACCUAUCAUCCUCCUACUCUAAAGCCAAUAAUAAGUGUUCUGAAACUUGUAAAUUGCAAGUUAGAGAGACCCCGCCCCCUCGCCGCCCCGCCGCACAAAUGAAGGAAGUGAAUCACAAGGCUGGUCUCGGAACAAUACAGUUAAAACGCUGUCAACUCCAGUUGCCUUUUUUUGGGUUGGUGACUAGGAUGUGUGGGGACAGCUGCCCAGCCUCAGUGAGUUUUUGACUUGAAGAUGAAGAUUAUCUUUCUCUUGAUUCUUCUAUUAGGUGAGAUUUUAUCCAGGUUUGUCUCAUUUUAAGAUAAAAAAAAAGAAUAAUAAUUAUAAUAAUUUGCGAGAGACCCACAUGAAAAAAUAAUAUAGUAUACUGUAGUGUUUUUGCAGACUGUACUAUACUGUAGUAUUUACUGUAGUGUCUUUGCAGUAUAACUAGUAUUUACUAUGUCUUUUUAUUUUUUAUUAUCUUUGGCAUUGAGGCGUUCUCAUUCAGGAAACCUACUGGAGAAAUUCUAAAGCCUUGUUCACACUCCAGACCUUAAUGCUCUAAUCAGUUUUGUUUUCCAAAUAUAUUUUGGACAACUGACUGUCCAAACAGCAAGUUACAAAUGACCAAAUCAGAUGUGUGUGUUCAGAACAGCAGUCAUUUGCUGAUAUGGCUACGCUAGUUGCCAUAGUAACGACAUGGGUCUUUGGUGUAGUCUUGAUUGGUGGUGGUGCUCGUGCUUCCCAUCACUCAGAAGUUAUGUAACAACCUAAGGUGACGACAAUGCUUCGCCAUGGAAGUUUCCCAGUUGCUUUGAAUAUUCAAAAUCGUAGUGUAAAAACACUUUUUUUAAAGCCUCAAAGGAUAAGACGAUCCAACUUUCAAAACUAGUUAUUUUUGGCUAGCCAGGGCAGUAAACUAGCUAGUUAGGUACAGCGCAUUCAAAAAUAAUUCACACCCCUUGACUUUUUCCACAUUUUGUUUUGAUACAGACUGAAUUUAAAAUGGACUCAAUUGAGAUUGUGUCACUGGCCUACAUAUUACCCCAUCAUGUCAGUGAAGUUGUGUUUUUUAGAAAUGUUUACAGAUGAAUGUAAAAUGAAAAGCUGAAAUGUCUUGAGUGAAUAAGUAUCCAACACCUUUGUAAUGGCAUGGACUCACUCUGUGCAAUAAUAGUGUUUAACAGGAUUUUUUUAAUGGCUACCUCAUCUCUGUAGCCCACACAUACAAUUAGCUCUAAGGUCCCUCAGUCGAGCAGUUCAUUUCAUUUCAAACACAGAUUCAACCACAAAGACCAGGGAGGUUUUCCAAAGAAGGGCACCUAUUGGUAGAUGGGUAACAAUAAAAAAAGCAGACAUUGAAUAUCCCCUUUGAGCAUGGUGAAGUUAUUUAUUACACUUCAGGUGGUGUACCAAUGCACCCAGUCACUGCAAAGAUACAGGCGUCCUUCCUAACUCAGUUGUCGGGGAGGAAGGAAACUGCUCAGGGAUUUCAACAUGAGGCCAAUGGUGACUUUAAAACAGUUACAGCGUUUAAUGGCUGUGAUAGGAGAAAACUGAGGAUGGAUCAACAACAUUCUAGUUACUCCACAAUACUAACCUAAAUCACAGAGUGAUAAGAAGGAAGUCUGUACAGAAUACAAAUAUUCCAAAAUAGGCAUCCUGUUUGCAACAAGGCACUGAAGUAGAACUGCAAAUGUGGCAAAGAAAUUAACUUUGUCCUCAAUACAAAGCUUUACGUUUGGGGCAAAUCCAUGGUGGUGGCUGCGUCAUGUUAUGGGUAUGCUUGUCAUCAGCAAGGACUAGGGAGUUUUUUUAGGAUAAAAAUAAACGUAGGAGAGCUAAGGACUGGCAACAUCCUAGAGGAAAACCUGGUUCAGUCUGCUUUCCAACAGACAUGGGAACAAUUCACCCUUCUGCAGGAUAAUAACCAAAAACAGUUGGGAUUUGGUUGUCUAGAUGGUUGUCUAGCAAUGAUCAACAACCAAUUUGACAGAGUUUGAAGAAUUGUGAACAGAUAAUGGGCAAAUAUUGUACAUUCUAGGUGUGCAAAGCUCUUAAUAAAGACUUAACCAGAAAGACUCACAGCUGUAAUCGCUGCCAAAGGGGAUUCUAACAUGUAUUGACUCAUGUCUGAAUACUUAUGUAAAUCCAAUAUGUCUGGGGUUUUUUAUUUAAAAUGCGCAAAAAAAUCUAAAACAGCUUUUCACUUUUAUGAGGUAUUGCGUGUAGAUGGGUGAGGGAAAAACAUAUAUUUAAUCUGUUUUGAAUUCAUGGUGUUAAACAACAAUGUGGAAUAAGUCACGGGUUAUGACUCAUUUCUGAAGGCGCUGUAGGAAGGUGACUUGAAAUAGCUUUUUGGCUGUUCACACUGCAGGAAAAAUAACAGAUUUUAAUCAGAUGUGCAAAAAAAACUUCAAACUGCCCAUGGAAACAAGGCUUAAAAGAGCACAUUUUCCACAACCUGUAGGUAGGACUGGGGUCUGAAAUGGAUUCUUCUCUCUUUUCAAUAAGCUGUAGACAACACUAUAUGUCUUAUACUUGGCAUGUAGGUUUCUCACUUAUGGGUGGCACAAAAUAAGAUAUGGGGGAGGGGAAUGGGCAGGGUGCAUUCAGAAAGUAUUCAGACCCCUUGACUUUUUCCACAUUUUGUUACGUUACAGCCUUAUUCUAAAAUGUAUUAAAUGUUUUUCCCCCAUCAAGCUACAUAGAAUACCCCAUGAAAACAGUUUUUAUUUUAGCAAAUGUAUUAAAAAAUACUUAUUUACGUAAGUAUUCAGAUCCUUUGCUAUGGAACUUGAUCAUCCUUGAGAGGUUUCUACAACUUGAUUGGAGUCCACCUGUGGUAAAUUCAAUUGAUUUGAACAUGAUUUGGAAAGGCGCACACCUGUCUAUAUAAGGUCACACAGUUGACAGUGCAUGUCAGAGCAAAAACCAAGCCAUGAGGUCGAAGGAAUUGUCCGUGGAGCUCCGAGGCAGGAUUGUGUUGAGGCACAGAUCUGGGGAAGGGUACCAAAACAUUUCUGCAGCAUUGAAGGUCCCCAAGAACAUAGUGGCCUUUAUGGUAGAGUGGCCAGACGGAAGCCACUCCUCAGUAAAAGGAACAUGACAGCUUGCUUGGAGUUUGCCAAAAGGCACCUAAAGGAUUCUCAGUCCAUGAGAAACAAGAUUCUCUUAUCUGAUGAAACCAAGAUUGAACUCUUUGGCCUGAAUGCAACACGUCACUUCUGGAGGAAACCAGGCCAAUACCAUCACUACGGUGAAUCAUGGUGGUGGCAGCAUCAUGCUGUGGGGAUGUUUUUCAGUGGCGGGGACUAGAAGACUAGUCAGGAUCGAGGGAAAGAUGAACGGAGCAAAAUACAGAAAGAUCCUUGAUGUAAACCUGCUCCAGAGCGCUCAGGACUUCAGACUGGGGUGGACAACAACCCUAAAUACACAGCCAAGACAACGCAGGAGUGUAACGGUUUCUUCGUCUGAAGAGGAGGAGUAGGGAUCACACCAAAAUGCAGCGUGUUGUGAAGACAUGACGAAUAUUUAUUAAAGCAAAGACGAACACGAAAAAACACUUGAAUAGAUUACAAAACAACAAAACGACGUAGACAGACCUGAACAUGUGAACUUACAUAAACACGAAGAACGCACGAACAGGAACAGACUAACCAAACGAACGAAAACGAAACAGUCCCAUGUGGUGCGACAGACACAGGAACAAUCACCCACAAACAAACAGUGUGAACAACCUACCUUAAUAUGGUUCUCAAUAAGAGGAAAUGUAAAACACCUGUCCCUGAUUGAGAACCAUAUCAGGCUAAUAGACAAUGAACCUAAACAUAGAAACACAUAACAUAGAAUGCCCACCCCAACUCACGCCCUGACCAACUAAACACAUACAAAAACAAGGAAAACAGGUCAGGAACGUGACAAGGAGUGGCUUCAGGACAAGUCUCUGAAUGUCCUUGAGUGGCCCAGCCAGAGCCCGGACUUGAACCCGAUCUAAUAUCUCUGGAGAGACCUGAAAAUAGCUGUGCAGCGACGAUUCUCUGAAAAUAAUGGGAGAAACUGCCCAAAUACAGGGGUGCCAAGCUUGUAGCAUCAUACCCAAGAAGACUCGGGCUGUAAUCGCUGCCAAAGGUGCAUCAACAAAGUACUG